AAUUAUUUUUAUCAAGGUAAAGGAUCUGCAGGAAAACAAGUUUCACCAUGGCACUCAAUUCCACUUAGACCAAAUCAACAAUCAGAUAAUUUCAAUUGUGUUAUCGAAAUGCCAAAAGGUACCACUGAAAAAAUGGAGGUAUCAACAAAGGAAUUACUCAAUCCAAUUAAACAAGAUACUAAAAAUGGUCAAUUACGUUAUAUAAAACAUGGUCCAAUUCCAUACAACUAUGGUAUGUUUCCUAGAACUUGGGAGAAUCCAAAUACUCCAGAUGAAACCACUAAAAUUCCAGGUGAUAACGAUCCAAUUGAUGUUAUUGAAAUCAGUGAUACACCAGUUCCUAUGGGCUCAAUUAUUGAGGUUAAAGUUUUAGGUGCUUUUUCACUUAUUGAUCAAGGUGAAACUGAUUGGAAAGUCAUCACAGUUCAAAAAAACAAUGUCAAUUUUGAAAAAAUUAAAAACCUUGACGAUCUCGAAAAGAAAAUGCCUGGAACUCUUAAUAAAAUUCAAGAAUUUUACAAAAACUACAAAGUUUGUGAAGGUAAAGAACCAAAU